UUUCUCUCUCUCAGUCCUGCUUUUCCUGCUCUUUUGGAGAAGUUUCCUCUCUGGAAAGAGACUUUCCUUCCCAACCCAAGGCUUUUCUUGCACUUAAACUUCUCCAGGAAAGGAAGGAGCUUCUUCCCAGACUAAAGAGAGAAGAAGGAAGGAUUUGUGUGUCUCUCGUUCCUGCUUUUCCUUCUGGAGAGGUGUUUUCUGGAAAGGACUUUGCUUUCUAACCCAUUUAAGCUACUUCCAACAGGUCAGGAAAGGAGAAAAGGGGCUUCUUCAGCGAAGAAAAGGAGAAGGAUUUCUCUCUGUGUGUGUCUCUCUUUCUCUCUCGCCCUCUCAGUCCUGCUUUUCCUACUUGUCUGGAGAAGUUUCCCCGCUGGAAAGAGACUUUCCUUCUCAGCCCAAGGCUCUUCUGGCACUUAAGCUCCUUCAGGAAAGGAAAGGGGGUUCUUCAGAAACUAAAGAGAGAAGAAGGAAGCAUUUGUGUGUGUCUCGUUCCUGCUUUUCCUUCUCUUCUGGAUAAGUUUCUUUACUGGAAAGAGACUUUGCUUCUCAGCCCAGGGCUCUUCUGGCACUUCAUCUCCUUCAGGAAAGGAAAAGAGCUUCUUCGGAGACUAAAGAGAGAAGGAUUUGUGUCUCUGUGCUUUCCUGUCUGGAGACGUUUCCCCGCUGGAAAGGUUCGCUCAAGCUCCUCUGGCAGGUGGCACUCUAUUAGGGGGGCCCCCCUUCGCUGCUGCCCCUCCUCGCCUCCGUCUCUCUCCACCCCUGGGAAGGAGGAGGAGGAGGAGGAGGAGGAGGAUGGUGGACCUCUUCAGCGGGCGCCUGCUGGUGAACCGCCAGGGCCGGGCGGUGGAGCCGGAGCCGGCGCUGGAGAACAAGGUGGUGGGCUUGUACUUCGCCGCCGCCUGGUGCUCGCUUUGCCGCGAGUUCACCCCGGUCCUGGGCGACUUCUACGGCGAGCUGGUGUCGGAGGCCAGCCCCGCCGCCCCCUUCGAGGUGGUCUUCAUCUCCUCCGACCGCAGCCCCGAGGAGAUGGCCCAGCACAUGCAGGGCGCGCACGGAGACUGGCUGGCCCUGCCCUUCCACGACCCGCUCCGGCAUGAGUUGAAAAAGAAAUACAACAUCACAGCUAUUCCUAAACUUGUGAUUGUUAAACAAACUGGAGAAGUCAUUACUGAUAAAGGAAGGAAACAGAUCCGUGAAAGAGGGCUCAAUUGUUUCCGAAACUGGCUUGAAGGGGCCAAUGUCUUUCAGAAUUUCUCUAGCUGAACUGGGAAGAAACUUGCAGAAAUGAUAGCUUUGCUACACCUUUCAUACAUUCAGAGGUCCCAUUGUUACAACUACCACAAACAGAGGAAAUUGCAUUAUUCUUGGUUUAGAUUUGUUUUGCUUUAAUUUGGUUUUGGCUGCAAUAGUUCAACAUAAGUUUCCAUGAUGCACUUGUCUUUCUGUUCCAUAUUAUUGUUACUCCUAUUUAUAUUCCACAGAAAAUAACCAAAGCAGUUCAAACAUUACUGAACAAUUUGAUAAAGAUCAGCUUUGCCUCACGGAGGUUAUAAAGACUGCCCUCUCAAAUCUAUGCAAGCUUUUUUUCCCCAAAGCAAAAUAUACACGUCAGGGAAAACUUUAUAUUUCUUGACAACACAAUGUUGGUCUAUAAUUUUCUUAUAUAUAUGAGAGAGUACUUGCUUUAUUAAACCUGUUUGUAGUUUA